AUGGCUUCCGUGCAAGUCGCGAGGCCUCCACCGCCUUCUUCUUCUACUACCAUCGCCCCUGCUACCACCAAGACGCAUCGCCAGUCGUCGCUCUCCAGUUUCCCGCCUUCGCGCUCUCCGUCCACGCUUUCGCGCCCCUCGCGCUCGCCUGCGCCAGCCCUGGUCCCCCGCGAUUACAGCCCCUCUGCCUCGUCGCGUAUCUUCAAGCCUCGCUCGUCAAGCCGAAUGGGUCGCCCUCUGCGCUCGCAGUACCCCUCGAAUUCGCGCGAGAACCAUGUCGAAUACAUUCUUGUCGCGAGCUUCGAUAUCGACCGGGGGAGUAUCAUGGAACACCAGUACCCCGGUCCAAUCAGCGGCGACGAGCAUAUGCUUGCAGACCUGAUGCUUCCGGACCAGGCUCACGUCCGCACCCAGGAUUGGACCAUAUUUUUCCUGCACAAGGAUACCGAGGCUGAAGAAGAGGCCAAAGAGGAGCGGCGAGAGCGCAGGCGUUUACGCAGAGAGCGGAAGGCGAAGAAGGCCGCCAACGGCGACGGCGACGGAGAGAAUGGCGCUACUUCAGAAGAGGACGAAGACGAGGAUGACGACCUCGACUCGGAGGACUCUGAGGACUCAGAUGAUGAGGGUUUCGAGGGACCACCUUUAAUAUAUGUGCUUAACUUAGUGAAUACCAAGCAAGACAAUACAGUGAAAAGAGGUGCUGUCUGCAAAGCAAUGGCAAUCUGCACGAGACACAGUUUUCUCCACAUUUACAAGCCUCUAUUGCUGCUUGCUAUCGAAGAAUACUUCCGCGCCCCGGUGCCAGAGACACUCGCAUCCCUCUAUGACGCCCUCAAUGCCAUGGAUCUUUCACUGUUACCAAAAUUAUCCUUCCUCGAACGCAAUAUCCUUCAGGCCUCUUCCGCGCCCGAUAUGUUCAUCGAAAAGUUCGAGCAAAUGGUCGCUCAAAGGCAGGUUGAAGAUAUCGAGGAUACCCGACUCGCGCUGUCCAAGACAACUUCGGGGCCUGCCAACAGAUACACGCUUCCAAGAGACACCCACGAGUUUGAAUCUCGCGUGAUGUACAACGGAAUCCCGGUCCCCAUUAAAGUCCCAACUGCUAUCCAGCCAGAGACUGUUGGAGAUUUCUCCCUCAUCAAACUUAUUCAAACUUUCUCCACACCGCAUGCUGCAUCUCCACAACCCUUUACGCUGCAUCCACAUCUCACAACUUCCGGGGCCUACACACAUCCAAUCAUUGUCCUCGUCAACGCUCUACUGACUCAGAAGCGCAUUGUCUUCCUUGGCCAUAACCGGCCAUCUGGGGAAGUCGCUGAGGCUGUUCUUGCAGCGUGUGCGCUAGCAUCAGGCGGCGUGCUGCGAGGGUUCACUCGCCACGCUUUUCCUUAUACCGAUCUGACAAAAAUCGAUGACUUGAUAAAAGUCCCUGGAUUCAUUGCGGGAGUCACCAAUCCUGCGUUCGCGCAUAAGCCGGAAUGGUGGGAUGUGCUUUGCGACUUGCCAGCAGGUCGCAUGAAGAUUUCUCACAGGAUUGAGGGCGCAGGGGUUACGGAUGGUCUACUAUACUUCCAGCAACAGCAGGCCAUGCUGCCUCCAGGACUUGCGAGCGCCCUGGCCCAAGGUCUCAACGCCAAUCUUAGCAUGAGUAUGCCUAGCACCAGCGGAAAGGACAUCGAUCCCACUGGAGACACGCAAUUCAUGGAGUCCAUCCUCCAAGCCAUCUCCAACCGUCUCGGAGAGGGAGCAAUCCGAUCACGGUUCCGCGACUGGGUGCUGAAAUUCACCCGGCUCGCCGCGGCGUCCGAAGAGACGGUAUACGGGGCCUCGGCGCUGCACAUUGGCGCCCAAUCCGCCGCUUCGGCGCUGUCGCCCACGUCACCGGAGGCCGAGUUCUCGCCCAUAGACGCUAACAUCAAAGGCCACGGCUACGUUUGGGCCACCGAGGCCGAACGGCUGCGGGAGUUGGGCGCGAACGUACACCGGGUAGAAGGGUGGCGCAACACACGCUCCUACUACAGUUACGUCCAGGACCUGGCGCGCAUGUGGGAGCGGCAGCCCAUCCGACACCUCGACCUGCUCUGGCUGCACGACCGCCUGCGCGCGACGCGCCUGACGCACGAGCAGAGCGCCGGCAUCUACCUCGCCCUCGCCCGCGCGGUUGAGGAGGCCGGAAAGCCCAAACCGGGCGACACGAAAGAGAAUGGCAGCAGUCUCGCCGCCAUUGCGAACGGAAAGGAUAACGCGGCCGACGAUAUCUCCGCAGACGACGGCAGAGGCAGCCCUGUCAGCCCGACGGCCAAGGUUCCCCUCGGCGUGCCUGACCGAACGCUCUCGCCCGUUUCGGCCGCGGCUCAGCGUCAGUACGACACGAUCCUGCAGCUGCUGAGCGUGACGCCCGAAUCCAACAGCGGCCUCUUCCACCUCUCGCUCGGCCUGUUCCACCCGCGUCAGGAAGUGCGCCAGGCCGUCGUCGACUUGCUCGAGAAGGUCAUGGAUCAUCCCGCCGGCCGGCACUUCUGGGCCAGCCUCGGCAGGUUCGCGAAGCUGGCGCUGUACCGCAUCAAGAGGGAACAGGAGGUGGUGGGAACGCCUGGCCUGUCUUAA